UUUGUUUAACCCCUCUUCUCAUAUCUUUGAAAUGGAUGACGAUGGGUUUCGCAAUUGGGGUUACUAUGAACCAGCGGCUGCUACCUUUAAAGGUAAUCUCGGUUUGCAGCUUAUGUCUACCAUUGAUCGGAACACUAAACCGUUUUUACCUGGCCGUGACCCGAAUCUAAUGAUUGGGCCUAAUGGGUCAUAUCACCACCAAGAACCUCCUAUCCACAUGAGCUACAAUUGGAUUAACCAACAGAAGGAUAAGUUCUUCAAUAUGCUGCCUGUAACAACCGCUCCUAGUUACGGUAAUGUCCUUCCCGAAACUUCGUCUGCUCCGUCGAUGCAGAUGAAUCUCCAUCAUCAUCAUCAAACCGAGGAGAAUCCGGUUAAAUUGGAAGAAGAGAUUGUUGUUCAGACUAAGAAGAGAAAGACCAAUGCAAAAGCUGGCUCCACAGCAAAGGCUAAGAAGCCAAGGAAACCGAAGGAUGAGAACAGCAACAACAACAACACGAAUGUUUCUCGAGUUAAACCGGCUAAGAAAAGUGUCGAUUUGGUGAUUAAUGGAGUUAGUAUGGACAUUUCGGGUCUUCCUGUCCCGAUCUGCACUUGCACUGGAGCUCCUCAGCAAUGCUACCGUUGGGGAUGUGGCGGUUGGCAGUCUGCUUGUUGUACCACAAACAUCUCGAUGCAUCCAUUACCGAUGAGUACUAAACGCCGUGGAGCAAGGAUCUCGGGAAGGAAGAUGAGUCAAGGCGCGUUUAAGAAGGUUCUUGAGAAACUUGCUUCUGAUGGGUUUAACUUUGGAAAUCCGAUUGAUCUUAAGAGCCAUUGGGCAAGACAUGGAACUAACAAGUUCGUCACAAUCAGAUGAUUAGUUGCUUGAUUAGUAAAAAAAGAAGAAGAAGAAGUGACUGUUUCCGGCGGUUUUUUCGAUCUCUUCCGGGAUGGAAUCUCUCAAUGAUGGUGUAUGUAUAUAUACAACAAAUCUGAAAUCUGUGA